CCACCCUUGCCAGACGAACUGCGGCGGCUGCAGGAUCCUGCAGGCAAGAGGGUAAAAUCGCAAGAAGAACCAACCUGCCCAGAUUCAACUGCAUUUUAUUCAUCUUGUUUGGAGUUAACCGUGGCCGUUCUUCCAGAAUACCUACAGAAGAAACGUUUCAACGGUCGCUCUGCUCCAUCUCUGCAAUAUAACAUAUACUACCUGUUGCUGCUAGUAACAACGGAGGAGAAGAGGGGGAGACUACACCUUGCGACACUUGGAUCUCUUAUAAACACACUUUGUAGGGAGUUGGAUUUCGCAACCUUUAAUCUUUUGCACACAAAGUGUGUUAUUUUGUCUAUGUCCAUUUUGGGAUAUUAGUGGUUUUACCAUAUCUAUAGUAUACACGUUUUUAAAGUGCCUUACAACUGGUAUUAAUCCAGUAUUUGGGGGGUAUUCCAACGCCAGAGACUCCAAUCAGUGACUAUCAGAUAGACAGGCACAGGAUCUAUCUCUAUAUCCCGGUUUCACCAUGAGUCAAGGGGAUGUAUCAACUUGCUCUGCGCCUCAGAUCGUAUUCCAAGAGGCGGUGAAGCAAGGCAACACAAAGGAACUCCACUCGUUGCUCCAGAACAUGACAAACUGCGAAUUCAAUGUCAACUCCUUCGGGCCCGAAGGACAGACGGCGUUGCAUCAGUCAGUCAUCGAUGGGAAUCUCGAACUUGUAAAACUGUUGGUGAAAUUCGGAGCCGAUAUUCGAUUGGCGAACAGGGAAGGGUGGAGUGCCUUACACAUUGCCGCUUUUGGAGGACAUCAAGACAUAGUCCUAUACCUCAUCACUAAGGCAAAGUACUCCUCUGGUGCACGGUGAUCUGCUACACUGCUGUCAGGUAAACACACGGAAAGCCAGGCUCUUGUAAAUUUAGCGUUUCGAUUUAUAGUUGUGCCAAAUUAUAGCCUACAAAACACAGUAACUUCCCUUUCAUCAAAACCAAACGGGGGUCUCACUCGUGAGUCAAACGCCACAUGGUUCUUGUAUCCGCUUCAGCAUUAAAAAAACGCCAUUUUGUUGGGUUGGUACUAAAGCUUUUUCCUUGAACGUGUAUAAUAGAUUGGGACGUAUAAAAUAACUAAGCCAGUGUUUGGGUCCCGAGACCUGAUAGCAGCCUAGUUUCACGCAGCGAUAUAGAAAGUCUAUUUUUUUUUGUCGCGGUUACAUUGAAACACUUUUUUUAUUGGGCUUCGUAUUGAGGUGUCGCCUUGUAACUGCGGUGGUCACACAGGACCCUUUUUAAAUGAUUUUAUAUACUAAAAGAUGGCACUUGUUGCUGUGGCUGCAUGCUGGAAUAUAUGAAAGGGAAGAAAAGGUGAACACGGGAAAUGAAUGCCAUACUAUAUUUGGCUAUUAUUUCUUUUUUAAAUUAUAGGAUUUGAUCUAUUUCAAAGAGCAGCAUUAUUAGGCCUAUAUAUUACACCCAACCGGUAUUUCCAGAUGUGUAAUCAUUGUAACAACUAUUGACUUAAUGUUGUUAAGUACUUUACACAAUAGCUUUACUUUGUUUCUUUAUAAUAAAAAAGUAGCUAAAUGCGCCCUGCCUUCAAGCAGGCUGCUGGCAUGUAUCAAUGUCUCUUCAGGCCAGUGCGACCGCAGUGUCAAUGGUUAAUGUGAUAUAAACCGCUGCUUUCGCUUUGUAUCAAAACGUCAGGAAAGUGGCAUUUGGAAUUCACUUUAAUCUCCUUUCAGUAUUUUAACGAACAACACCCUGGUCAUCACUGUGAAUACAGGCUGGGUUCUAUUUAUGAAGGUACAUUGACCAGAUGCAUUUUGAAAAUUCUGUGGUUAUUCUUUUCAAAUCAAAUCUGUUACGUUUAAGAAUAUUUAGGGUGACUUAUAAAGCUGCUUCAGACUCUAUGCUUAUCAUAGUAUAAACUAUCCUGUGUGGAGACCCCAUGUACAAUAAGCCUAAAUUUGACCUUGCUAAAGAGAGACUCUUCUUUGUCCCUCAUUAACUUCUUGUUUGGUUUUAUUUGCCAACUACCUCGACUGUAAAGUAUUCAAAACCAUUGGACUCAUGCUCACUCCAACACUCCAAUAUGGGGAGUCACACACAUCCUUUAGCACAGUGGAUCCCAACCAUUUUUGGUUACUGUACGAGAAGUACCCCCUCAGGUGCAUUUUGCCAGUAGGCCUAUGGUCUGAUGAGUCUUCUCAAGUACCCCCUGUUGAUAGGCAACCCCAGGGGUCCUAGCACCCCCUAGCUGGAAACCACUGAUCUAGCAUAUCCCCAAGCCUGCCUAUAGGCCAAAAAUAAUGCUCAUACCCACACAGACAUUUGAAGUAAUAGCUAUUUUAGCAGUAGGCCCCAAGCCAAUGCUAUUUAACCCAGUGAUAUAGGCUAGGAGACAACUAUGGUGUUUCUUCUGCAACGCAAUAAUGUCUAUUUCAUAUUAAUCAAGCCCGUUUCUUAUCUUCAUCUGGGAUGAAUUUAUUUCCCACACUACAACCAAACUUUAAUCUGACAAGCAAAGCAUUUUAUUUUUUUUGCCUUUCUGUAAAGGUAUGGUUGCAAACACACAUUGCCUUUUUUUUGUUUUAUACAUUGUAUAGUCAUUCUGUUUUGAAGUUUCUAUUUAGUCACAAAAAUUGCAUUGUAUUGCCUGACUUAUAAAUGCAGGGAGUUUUAUUGCACAAAAUGCAGAGCCUUUUUACGCCCCCUGGUGCCUGUCCGGGUAACUGCAGGAGUUAAGGCUUAGAAAUAGUUACUACUGAGCAGGAGUAAAACAUUUUAUUACUCAUGUUAUGAUGACUAACAUCUACAUGACUAUUGCAGCAUAUAUAUAUAAAACAAAUGGUUUAAACUGCCUGCUGCAUUUUGAAAGUCAUGGCACCCUAAUGUUUGUUUCAAUGCUGCUUGUAUGUUUUAUAUUAGAUUUUACUCAAUGGCCAACAGUAAGUGAAAGAAAUAUCUGAUAGCAUCACAGUCAUUCAAUGAAAAUCCCUGUGUGUGUGUGUGUGUGUGAGAGAGUGCACAUGCGUGCAUGAAUGAAUGUGUGUAUAUAUGUCUGUGUGUGCUGCAUUCAUCUGACUGUUGUGUCCUGAGUGAGUUGAGCUGUGUUCCCCUUCCCUGGCCUGUGUGUGGCCUGCUCCUCUCCUCUAGUGUGUGGCCUGCUCCUCUCCUCUAGUGUGUGGCCUGCUCCUCUCCUCUAGUGUGUGGCCUGCUCCUCUCCUCUAGUGUGUGGCUUUGUGUUGCUACCUGGGGGUCUUCCCUCCCUGCAGUAAGGAGAGUCACCAGGGAUGAAGGACUGUCCUUCCAUGUACCUGGAAAAGCAAACUAAAUGGAUUAGAAAGAAACAUCAAGGAAUAGAUUGGUUUUAGUGGAACAAAAAAAUAUGCAUCGCUUGUCUUAAACUUGAUAUUUUUUAUAUAUAUAUAUUUUAAAUAUUGCACUGACUGUUGUUGAUUAAGUUGACUUUUUAUCAAGUCAAAUUGUAUUGUUUUUCCGAAUAGAAAAAAAAAGGAACACAACAAAAUACUAUUGUAUAAAAACAACUCCAGGUUGUAAUGUUUUGUGUGUUAACUUUGUGAAACAUUGUGUUAAGGCAAAGAUUGUUUGAAUCUUUGUGAUCGGGUAUGUGUUUAUAUACAGUACCAGUCAAACGUUUGGACACCUACUCAUUCAAGGGUAGGUAUAACAAAUAAAGAGAAACCCUGGAGUGAGUGGGUGGGUCCUGACUUUUGACUGGUACUGUUUAUAUAUAAUAUGCUGAAAUAUCUUGGAGCACUUUCUUUUCUGAAGUGCUGUCCUCCUCCUGUUGUUAUGAAAGGGGAAAAAUACAUUUGAUGGUAAGAUCAUUGUUACAAAAAAAAAUUGCACAGCGUAUGGUUGUUCUACUCAAGUGUCAUAACAUUUAUGGCCCGAGAGAGGACGACUGGAUAGGUGUAAAUGAAUGAGAGAAAGUGCUGACGUUUAAAUAAAUAAAUUGGGCCGGGGCGUGUUCUGUUUUCGUUGAGCUUUUUUUCGAGCGAAACAAAAACAAAUGUCUGAGUUUAAUGAGUGAUGCUGAAGUUCCAUCGUGUUUUGAUGUUGGGUUUUCUUGUUUUUGUUCUGUAUUUUGUUUUGAACGUUUGUAACACUGUGAUCAUGAUGUGUGUUGAGAAAAUGAGUGCUGUAAUAUUUUUGUACGUUUGUGUACAAGCCAGUAAAAAAAAAAUCUUUAAA